CACCGUUUCCCCCAUCCCUUCCUAUUAUUCUUAUUCUUUUGAAUAUUCUUCAUUGUCAAGCCGCCAAAGUGGAGAGUGUGAUUGAGGAAGGGGGUGCUUCUCGUUUCAGCGAGUUCCUGGGGAAAACCCCAGGGCAAAGCGUUCAGAGAUGGGUUCCUUCACGAAGCACUAGACGAGAUGUCAACUCCAGCAACGAAAAAGAGCGACACGAUGCAAUCUUCAGGAAAGUGAGGGGCAUACUCAACAAACUCACGCCUGAGAAGUUUGACAAGCUAUGCCUUGAGCUCCUGAAUGUGGGCGUAGAUUCAAAACUCGUCCUUAAAGGAAUCAUCUUGCUGAUUGUAGACAAAGCCCUAGAAGAGCCGAAGUAUAGCUCGCUCUAUGCUCAGCUAUGUCUGCGCUUGGCAGAGGACGCUCCAAACUUUGAUGGCCCUUCAUCUGAGAUCCAAACAUCCCAAAAGCAGAGCACAACCUUCAGGAGACUGCUGAUUUCCAAGCUUCAAGAUGAAUUUGAAAACCGCACCAGAAAUGUUGAAAUCUAUGACAAACAUGACAACCCUCUCACCUCUGAGGAGGAGGAGCAGCGCGCUAUCGCCAAGAUCAAGAUGCUUGGCAACAUUAAAUUCAUCGGGGAACUUGGCAAGCUCGACCUCAUCCAUGAAUCUAUCCUUCAUAAGUGCAUCAAAACACUUCUGGAAAAGAAGAAGAGAGUCCAGCUCAAAGACAUGGGGGAGGAUCUGGAAUGCCUCUGUCAGAUAAUGAGAACUGUGGGGCCGAGACUCGACCACGAGAAAGCAAAGUCUUUAAUGGAUCAGUACUUUGGCCGUAUGCGAUCCUUAAUGAACAACAAGGAGUUGCCUGCAAGGAUCCGCUUCCUGCUGCAAGACACAGUGGAACUGCGUGAAAACAACUGGGUCCCCCGCAAGGCCUUCAUUGAUAACGGACCAAAGACGAUUAAUCAAAUCCGUCAGGAUGCAGUGAGGGAUUUGGGUGUUUUCAUCCCAGCACCCAUGUCUCAGGGGAUGAGGAUGGAUUUCUUCCUUGAAAGCCCUUUCAUGCCCAACAGAAUGAAAUUGGACAGGGAGACUCUGGGAGGAUUGGCCGACAUGUUUGGACAGAUGCCAGGCAGUGGGAUUGGAACUGGCCCGGGCGUUAUUCAGGACAGGUACUCUCCCACGAUGGGACGCCAUCGCACCAAUCCGCUCUUCAACGGCCACAUCGCGCCACCUCCUCAGUCACAGUUCGACGUGGGGCCCAAGCCUUUCGUUAAGUCCAAUCAGGUUCAGAACCAGCAUUUCCUUAACCAGAACCAGAGCCAUAUGAGCCAGUCGCAGGUGCAGUCCAAGGACAUGCCUCCACGUUUCAGCAAGAAAGGACAGCUCAAUGCCGACGAGAUCAGCCUCAGGCCAGCACAGUCAUUCCUUCUCAACAAGAACCAGGUCCCAAAGCUUCAGCCUCAGAUUCCAACCAUGAUGCCUCCCAGUUCUCAGCCUCCCCGCACCCAGACCCCUCCUCUAGGACAGCCUCCACAGCUUGGCCUGAAGACCAACCCUCCUCCCAUCCAAGAGAAACCUCAGAAAACGAGCAAGAAGCCACCUCCUGCCAAGGAGGAACUGUUGAAAACCACAGAGGCGGUAGUGACGGAGUUUUUGAACACGAAGAACCUGACUGAGGCUGUGAACGGCGUGCGGGAGAUGAAGGCACCAAAGCAUUUCCUGCCAGAGAUGCUCAGCAAGAUUGUGGUGUGUUCCCUGGACCGGCCAGAUGAAGACAAGGAGCACGCCAGCACUCUGAUCCACACUCUCCGUACUGAGGGUCUAAUCACUGGAGAGAACUUCAUGCAGGCUUUCCUCAACGUCCUGGACCAGUGCCCUAAGAUUGAGGUGGCUGUGCCCCUGGUGAAGUCCUACCUGGCCCAGUUUGCUGCCCGGGCCAUCAUAGCCGAGCUGGUGAGCGUAACGGAGCUAGCUCAUCCCCUGGAGAAUGGAACCCACUUCCCCCUCUUCCUGCUCUGCCUGCAGCAGACAGCCAAGCUGAAGGACCGCGAGUGGCUCACGGAGCUCUUCCAGUUCAGCAAGGUCAACAUGCAGAAGAUGCUACCAGAAAUCGAUCAGAACAAGGACCGUAUGCUGGAGAUUCUGGAAGGGAAGGGGCUGAGCUUCUUGUUCCCGCUGCUGAAGCUGGAGAAGGAGCUGCUCAAGCAGAUAACGUCAGACCCCUCUCCACAGUCCAUCUACAAGUGGAUUAAAGACAACAUCUCGCCCAAGCUGCACACCGAUAAAGGCUUCGUCAACAUCCUCAUGACAAGUUUCCUGCAGUACAUCUCCCAGGAGCUGGGUGUGGCAGAGGGCGAUGAUCAGCUGGCAGCCCCCCCCAAAGAACAUCUGGAGCAGGAAAAGCAGCUGCUGCUGGCCUUCAAGCCUGUCAUGCAGAAGUUCCUGCACAACCACACCGAGCUGCAGGUCAGCGCCCUCUACGCAUUGCAGGUGCACUGCAACGCCAACGGGUUUCCAAAAGGCAUGCUGCUGCGUUAUUUUGUCAACUUCUACGACAUGGAGAUCAUUGAAGAAGAAGCCUUCCUUGCAUGGAAAGAAGACAUCACCCAAGAAUUCCCUGGAAAAGGAAAAGCUUUAUUCCAGGUAAACCAGUGGCUCACCUGGCUUGAGACGGCGGAGGAGGAGGAGUCUGAGGACGAAGCAGACUGAAUCAUUGUGGCAUAUAUCGACGUUGUUAACUCGCCUUUCCUUUUCUUGAACAUCAUACUUAAUGUAACCACUAGCAGGUGGUGCUAGGCUGCUUCUGUUCUGUUGAUGCAAACGGCUGCAGGGCCUGGUGAGUCCAGCGUCACCGCUGGGCCCAGAGGCAUCGAUCUGCUGCAUCUCAUCUGAUCACACAUGGUUCUUUUGUUUUCAUACUUUUUCACUCCGCAUGUUUUUCAUGAAAUAGUUCCUAACCUGAAUCUGCUGUUUUAGGAAACUGCUUUAUUUAAGGAUGCGUCAGACUUCCCCUAAUGGUUAUCUUAACUAAUGAUGGUUAAGUCAGCAGCAAAGCAAAAGUAAAAAUCAGGACUUUGAACCUGAGAUCAGAUGGAAACAGCUUGAUAGUUUCUGGCCAGGAUCUUCUCUUCUUGUUUUCUGAUCCAGUUCGUCUCUGAGUGGCUGCACCCUCCAGAUGUCACAACUUCAAACAAAUUGACAUCAGUGUGCCACUAACAUUUCAAAAUGGCCUGUUUCUACCUCUUAGUUAGAUGGGCUUUUUGAGUUUGGGGUUUUAUGCUGGGAUGAUAAUGAAACAGAAGAACUGCGAGUCCAAACUGAAGAUUUGAGUAUGUUGUUUUGUCCUUUGAUUGCACAUGUGAGUGAAGCAGAUGCGUUCAGAGGAGCUUCCUGUGGUUUACAAGUAUUAAUAUUCACGAGUGAAAGGUUUUUAAUUCGGCAGCUUAGCACCCUCGUAGAAACUGACCCUCUAACUGGAGUUUUGUUGCUCUGUUUGGAACGAUCAUUACCCAAGUGGCUUAUUUUAUUUGGAUGUAGAAAAGGAGAUGCGAUUGUUAAAAUGGUGAUAUGAAAAUUAGAAACAUUGUGUAAUAACUUGUGAUUCCCUAAUCGUAACAGCAAAAUAAUUCAAUAAUGCUUAAGAUUUGUGCUCACAAGUCUUUUUAUGUGUCGGGCAGUGGAUUUGGACCUUAUAGUAUGGUAUUCAGAAUUAUUGUACACCUAUUGCUUUAAUGUCAAUAAAGUCCAGUACAUGAGCACCAGAA